UGCACUCCCCCUCUGCAACACACACACACUCACACUCACACUCACACACUCUCUCUCUCUCUCUCUCUUCCCAUGGCUUCAAUCACAAACUUCUCGGCGAAACCACCCUCAUCUCCCCUUUCAGUCCCUAAAAUCAAUCCCAUUAACUCCCAUUUUUCAUUCCUUUCAUUCUUUACCAGACGCAAACCUUUAGUAACAAAACUUGACAAAGGCCGUGACCACUUCAUUGUAAAGGCCACAGCAGCAUCAAAAACCAAAAAAACAGAUCGUGAUGAAAGAGUUCAGCAAGUUCAUAGCAUAGAGGAAUUCGACGAGGCCCUUCGCAUGGCCAAGAACAAGCUUGUCGUGGUAGAGUACGCCGCUAGCCACAGCUUCCAUAGCAGUAAAAUCUACCCUUUCAUGGUCGACCUAAGCCGGACGUGCAGCGACGUUGAAUUCUUGCUCGUGAUGGGUGAUGAAUCCGACAAGACCAGAGAACUUUGCCGGAGAGAGAGUAUCGAAAAAGUCCCCCAUUUCAGCUUCUACAAAAGCAUGGAAAAAAUCCAUGAAGAGGAAGGGAUAGGCCCGGACGAGCUGGUUGGAGAUGUGCUAUACUACGGUGACAACCAUUCUUCUGUGGUGCAGCUGCACAGUAGGGAAGACGUGGAGAGCUUGAUUGAAGGUCACAAGGUUGAUAAUAAGUUGAUUGUCCUUGAUGUAGGGUUAAAGCACUGUGGACCAUGCGUGAAGGUUUAUCCGACGGUGAUUAAGCUAUCGAGGCAGAUGACCGAUACGGUGGUUUUUGCACGGAUGAACGGAGACGAAAACGACAGCUGUAUGCAGUUCUUGAAGGACAUGAAGGUGGUUGAGGUGCCAACAUUUCUGUUCAUCAAAGAAGGUGAAAUAUGUGGAAGGUAUGUAGGUUCUGGUAAAGGGGAGCUUAUUGGGGAAAUUCUCAGAUACCAAGGUGUUCGUGUAACAUAUUAGUCAGAAAGUUAUAUGUUAUCUCAGACAUCAAAAGGAAAUUGAAUAUUCAGGUUCAAAGAUUGAUGAGGGAAUUGGUAAUUUGAUAAGGAUGUAUAUCAUUGAACCUAUAAAUUCUAAUCAUAUCUUGGUAGCAUUUUCUAGAA